GCAGCGCCGCGGUCCCUGUCAGAAGCGGCCGGAUCCGCCCCAGCCAAGCAGGGCCCGACUCGCACCCAGGACCCUGGGCCUCCGCCUUCGCUCUAGACUGGGAGAAGCAUCGGGCCCUCCUCUCCUCCCGAGGAGGACGCGAGCGGGCAGGACGUCCCAACAAGGCCGGCCGCCCGCGGCCACGUCCCGGCCCGGCCCGGGCGCGCCGAGGAGCGGAGCCAGGGGCCGGCGCUCGCUUCGGCUCCCUCCCGGGCGCGCCGGAGCCGGGGGCGGCCGCUCCGGCUGCAGCCUCGAGGGCCUGCGCCUCCCCCUGCCGAAGCUUCCCGCAGCGCUCGGCAACUUCUUUUGGCUCCUGCCACGGGGAGCGAGUUCACCCAUCAGGUCCUCCCCGCGCGGUCCGAACAUGCUGGACGGCCUGAAGAUGGAGGAGAACUUCCAAAGCGCCAUCGAAACGUCGGCCUCCUUCUCCUCGCUGCUGGGCAGAGCGGUGAGCCCGAAGUCUGUCUGCGAGGGCUGUCAACGGGUCAUCUCGGAUAGGUUUCUGCUGCGGCUCAACGACAGCUUCUGGCAUGAGCAGUGCGUGCAGUGUGCCUCCUGCAAAGAGCCCCUGGAGACCACCUGCUUCUACCGGGACAAGAAGCUCUACUGCAAGUAUGACUACGAGAAGCUGUUUGCUGUCAAAUGCGGGGGCUGCUUUGAGGCCAUCGCACCCAACGAGUUUGUUAUGCGGGCCCAGAAGAGCGUGUACCACCUGAGCUGCUUCUGCUGCUGUGUCUGCGAGCGGCAGCUCCAGAAGGGUGAUGAGUUUGUCCUGAAGGAGGGGCAGCUGCUCUGCAAAGGGGACUAUGAGAAGGAGCGGGAGCUGCUCAGCCUGGUGAGCCCAGCAGCGUCAGACUCAGGGAAAAGUGAUGAUGAGGAAAGUCUUUGCAAGUCAGCCCACGGGGCAGGGAAAGGAGCCUCUGAGGACAGCAAGGACCAUAAGCGCCCCAAACGUCCCAGAACCAUCUUGACAACCCAACAGAGGAGAGCAUUCAAGGCCUCGUUUGAAGUAUCCUCCAAGCCGUGCAGGAAGGUGAGGGAGACCCUGGCUGCAGAGACAGGGCUGAGCGUCCGUGUGGUUCAGGUGUGGUUCCAGAACCAGAGAGCUAAGAUGAAGAAGCUGGCCCGGCGGCAGCAGCAGCAGCAGCAAGAUCAGCAGAACACCCAGAGGCUGAGUUCCGCUCAGACAAAUGGUGGCGGGAGCGCUGGCAUGGAAGGGAUCAUGAACCCCUACACGGCUCUGCCCACCCCACAGCAGCUCCUGGCCAUCGAGCAGAGUGUCUACAGCUCAGAUCCCUUCCGACAGGGGCUCACCCCACCCCAGAUGCCUGGAGACCACAUGCACCCCUAUGGUGCUGAGCCCCUCUUCCACGAGCUGGAUAGUGAGGACACCUCCCUCAGUAACCUGGGUGACUGUUUCCUAGCAACCUCAGAAGCCGGGCCCCUGCAGGCCAGAGUGGGAAACCCCAUUGAUCAUCUGUACUCCAUGCAGAAUUCUUACUUCACCUCUUGAGUCCUCCCCUUGAAUUCUGUGGCUCAGCUCCCAUUCUGGAACAACUGUGUUACGUGAGGGGUCGACUGGCUUUAGUAUGGGGAGGCAGGGCAGAGGUGGGGUGGGUGGGAGUUUUGUUGGGGA